AUGAUCAAAUACAUCUUACUGCUAUCGAAACAGGGCAAGGUGAGGCUUGUCAAAUGGUAUCUGCAAGUCCCGGAACAAGUGAGACAACGCACAAUACGAGAAAUCGGUGCCGUUGUUCCACUACGUAAAUCGAAAAUGUGCAAUGUCAUUGAACACGGAGACGGUAAAGUUGUGUACAGACGAUAUGCCUCACUCUAUUUUGUUGCUGGAGUUGACGCCGACGAAAACGAGUUGAGCAUACUAGAUUUCAUGCAACGGUAUGUUGAGUCGCUCGACGCUCUCUAUGGGAACGUCUGCGAGCUGGACAUUGUGUUCAACUCUGCAUUGGCGUAUGCUGCAUUGGACGAAUGUGUCAUUGGCGGCCAUAUUAGUGAGAGUGGGGGCCACGAAGUUGUGAGUCGGGUCCGAAGUGCACUUCGAUUGGAGGAAAUGGAAAGAGACGGCAGUGGACAAAUGAAAGGUCUCAAAGUGUGA